UGUUGCAGUGAAAUUGCUGCCAGUACGACCCAUCAAGAGAACAGAAAAAAAGACUAAACAGAGACAACAUAUGACAUAAACUUGAUCGGUCCCAGUCUCUCGGCUCUCUUUGUCUUCUUUCGCUCCAAACAUUGUGGACUUGUCCUUGGCCUUGCUGGCUCCUCUCCAUCGCUGCUUUCUUGAGUUGAAGGAAAACCCUCCACAGACGAAACACAAUGGCAGACAAAAUUAAAGACGCCAAAAUCAUCUUUGUUGUUGGUGGUCCUGGUUCUGGAAAAGGCACUCAGUGUGAGAAGAUCGUUGCCAAGUAUGGCUACACCCACCUGUCUUCAGGUGACCUGCUCCGUGCAGAGGUGUCGUCUGGCUCUGAGAGGGGCAAGACGCUGCAGGCCAUCAUGCAGAAGGGGAGAGCUCGUCCCGCUGAACGUUUGGCUGCUUGCAGGGACACAGUCCUGGACAUGAUUAAGGAUGCCAUGAUUGCCAAGGCUGGCGUCUCCAAGGGCUUCCUGAUUGAUGGCUACCCCCGCGAGGUGAAGCAAGGAGAGGAGUUUGAGAAGAAGAUCGGAAAACCCUGCCUGCUGCUGUACGUGGAUGCCAAAGGAGAGACGAUGGUGAAGAGGCUGAUGAAACGCGGAGAGACGAGCGGCCGCGCUGACGAUAACGAAGAGACCAUCAAGAAGCGCCUGGACUUGUAUUACAAAGCUACCGAGCCGGUCAUCGCCUUCUACGAGGGCCGUGGCAUCGUGAGGAAGGUGGAUUCUGAGCUCCCAGUGGACGACGUCUUCGCCCAAGUCGCCAAGGCCAUCGACGCUCUCCACUAAAACAACGUUACAUACA